CGCACCCAAAUAAGCUGCAGAAAAUGGCGUAGAUUGUCGUUGGUAGUGUUAAAUUGCAAGUGUUUUUGACAGUUUGAGUUAGUACGAAAUAUGUUGACGGUUCGGAGUCAUUUUAAAGAAGUAGUAUUAUAUAGCACGUAAUUUUGUGUGUUUGAUGUUUUUCAUUCGUAUGUAUUUACCGAUAACAGGUUCAUUUCAUUUGGGAAAUGCGUCGACGAUAUUCGGAAAGUGAGCUAGACAACAAAAAGGAAGCUUGCAGGAAGAGAGUCUCCCCAAGUGGCACACGUUUGCCAGAUAACAUCAGUGAGGGGACCAUUUGUACCGACAUAACAGGGAAAAAAUGGAGGAUUGGCAGAUCGGCAGGAGUGGGAGGUUUUGGGGAAAUAUAUCUAGUUUCGGACGACACCUCAAAGCCAGUUGGAGAGGAUGCUCACCACGUUAUAAAAGUGGAACCCCACCACAGUGGGCCACUGUUCGUUGAGAGGAAUUUCUACGUGAGAGUGGCGAAGCAGGAAAUGAUUGACAAGUGGAAGCAAGAUCGGGGCUUGUCCCACCUGGGAAUAUCGCCGUAUGUGGCAUCUGGCUCUCACUCUCACCGGGGAAAACUGUAUCGCUUCCUUGUCUUGGAGAGGUUUGGCUCCGACCUUGGCAAGCUGUUCAAAAGCAGUGGCCAAAGAUUCCACUUGAAGACUGCUCUUUACAUUGCUCUGCAGAUUCUGGACACGCUGGAGUACAUCCACGACAAGGGCUACUGCCACGCGGACAUCAAGGACUCGAACAUCCUGCUGGGGCGCCGGAGAGGCACGGAGCACCGGGUGUUCCUGCUGGACUACGGCCUGGCCUCCGUGCUGUACAACGAGCACGGCAAGCACAAGGAGUACGGACCGGACGAGCGCAGGGCCCACGCCGGGACCAUCGAGUUUGUCAGCCGGGACGGCCAUCAGGGAGCUUGCUCCAGAAGAGGAGACCUGGAGACUCUGGGGUACAACCUCUUGCAAUGGCUGUGCGGCCGGCUGCCGUGGACAGACGACGCGAGUCCCGCCAAGCCGGAUUAUGUCUACCUGCAGAAGAAGUGGUUCAUGUCCAACAUAUCCAUGUGGAUCAAGAGGUGUUACUGUGAUGGCGAGCCUCCAGGUGCUCUGAUUCAGUAUUUUAAAUAUGUGACUGGUUUGAGUUUUGAGUCAAAGCCAAACUAUGCAUAUUGCAAGAUGAUUUUCAGGCAAGGAAUUAAGGAUGCUUGCUUUGUUGAUGAUGGAAAACUUGUUUUUGGAUUGAGUCCAUCUGUGAAGACAACUAAAAAGUUCUGUGGAAAGCGCAGAAUCUUGGAAGAACCUGAAAACCUUGAAAAUGGCAUACCUCUAAAAAUGUCAAAAGUAUGCCUGACACUGAAUGUGUUCAGGAAACCAUGUGUACCACACAACAUAAACAGGUUGACCCGGAACUCGCCGGGCUCGCAGGUCCUGCUGCGCUCCCAGCAGUUCAGCUGGACCAAGGUGCUGUCGGGCGACCCGGAGAAGAUCCUCUUCCCCGAGAAGAAGGCCCGCAGGGGCGGGCACGUGCGGCAGCUGGAGCUCCCGGGGACCAUGUUCCCCCACUCGCGGCUGGCCGGCAAGGUGCGCGAGAGGGUGCUGCCGGCCCCCGGGGACGAGGCGGAGGAGCGCGGAGGGCGAGACGGCCCGCCGCGCUGCGCCGCCUACACGCCCGCCAUGCUGCACGUCGUCAUGCGCAAGAAGCUCAGCAAGAUGGCCGUCGUCCCUGCCGCCAGGAGGCAGAGAAGCGACAGUUCCUACAGCAGUAGCUCGUCGGAGGUGCCAGCGUGCUUCCAAGGCUACAACCACGCCAUGAUGGAGGUGGCACGGAAGAUGCAGAAGAGGAAGCAGGCCGAGGCGCGGGAAGCGCUGGCGUGCUCGAGACGCGUCUGCAAGGCCUCUCCGAAGGCCAGGGCCAGGGCCAGCCCCAGCCCCAGCCCCAAGGCCUCCCGCGCCAAGCGCAGUCCUCGGGCGGCGCUCAAAACAAAGACUGUUGCCAAGAGGAAGGAGGCUUGUGCUGCUCUCAAAACUAGCGCACGAGCUGCCAAGAUAAGGGCACUGAAGCAAGCACAACUGAAGGCUCAAGCAAAAGCCCGCUCGCUCCACACGACCAGGGUGUUGCGCAGCAGUGUCGUCGCAGCGAGAGGAGCGCGGGGCACGCUACGGGACCUGGACUGAUGGCAACACUGACGUCAUGGGGCAAGUUGUGCCCUUAGCGAUGAUGCAAGGACUGCCGAGGCCAGUUGGUGCCGUGUGUUCUGAGCACCAGUGGUUCUAGUGCAGGUUGUGUUAUCGGCAGGACCACAAACAUCACAACAAACGUGGGUGGCUUUCUUUGAUGUGGACACGAAUAUAAUAUUAUUGUACAAGGAUGAUUUUGUAUCUAUUGCUCAUGCACAUGUUUUCAAAGCAAUUUUGUUAGAAAUUAAUUGGAUUUGUAAUGUAAAUCUUUGUGUAAUAUAUUUGCAUUUAAUAAUUUUAUUUUUGUUGUUACAUUUUAUAAAAUACCAUAUAUUGGAAUAUCCUAUUUUUUAAUAAUGAGCCUCUAGAUAGUGACAUGUGGUACAGCUUCCAAGUUUUGCCUAGUACCAUUUAUUGAGAAGUUGCGUUAUAGGAAUUUUUUUUUCCCCCCUCGAGUAGGUAUUUGUACUUAAGUUUCAGUGGUCGGUUGAGUUCUUGCUCUCUAGAAUUUUCUGCUUGAAGAAAACUUUUGAUUUAGUCAGCUACUACUCUUAACCUAUGACAGAAAAGUAAAAAAUCACAACCUAACUUAGGAAACAAGAAAAUAAAACCUUAGUAAUGAUUAGCAAGAGGUGUGUUGUUUUGUGACAUAUCUAGAUUAUCUAGAUUGUGACAUUGUGAGAGGAGCAAUUGCUGACCAGAGAAUGCACUGAGAACUUCCAUGAAUUGUGUUUAAUGUUGAAUUGGAAGGCAUUGCUGUAGAAAAUAUCAUGCUGUAAAGUAACAUAAUGUUCUCCUUAAAUAUGAAUACAUUCUUUUUCUUUAAAAAAAAAUGCUGUAGAGUGUAAAGUUUAAAACUGCAAAUUCAAAUGCACACUGUACUCAAAGUAAUUAUUCUUAAUUUUAAGUAUGGUACUGUUCUGCAAUUUCCCUUUAGCAAAUACUUGAAUAAUGGGCAGUCAUCAUUUUAUCACCUAACAGAAGAAAAAUGUGCAAUUUUUUAUAGAAAGGGGUUGUCCAUUAAUCACAUGAUGUUUUUUUAGCAAAUUUUCAAUCCCCCCCCCCUCCCCCCUAGUGAUUUGUGGUGAGGUUUUAGACUAACACCACCCCCCCCCCCCCCCCAUAAAUCACGUAUUUUUUGGUACAAAAUAUUUUUAAAAAUUUCAGAAUAUUAUCUUUAAAUAUAGGUAUAAUCUAAUUUAAUUCUGGAACAUUAAGCACAGUGAUAAAAAUGUCCAGACACACAUUAAGGUUGCAGGUUUAUUCUCACUGGCAUAAAAAUAUUAAAGGAAAGGGUUAUAUGUGAUUUACGCAUGUAUUCGGCUCCAAAAUCACAGUCUUACUGGUGACUGGCAAGCCGAGCCGGGUGGUUCAUGUUGCGGCGGGCGGGGAUAUUGUUGCCUGGCUACGGCGAGUGAAGGUCACGCGUCGCUUUUCGGUUUAGUAGAAAUUGGGCUAAAAAAUAAAUACACGUGAUAUCUCUCUACACCCCUCUCUCCCUUUGUUAUAUUUCGUGAUUUUUCCCGGACCCCUCCCCCCCCUUUCGAGCCUCACGUGAUUAAUGGACAAUCCCAAAGCCAAGUAGGUACUUUAGAGGUUUCCUUUUAAAAAGGUAUUUUGAAGUUAUCAGUUUUGGUUUGGAUGUUUGUGGAGCAGCAGUACUGCCAAGUGUUGCACAUUUUUCUUAACAGUAGCACAAAAAGUUAAUACGUAACCAUUGCAGUACCAUUUAUGCACUCUUAGUGAUCUGCAUACCAUUGCUUUAAUUUGUUUACUGUUCAGGUAAUCUGUUGAUAUACUAUAGUAAAUAUGCUAAUCCUUAAUUAUAAUUUGAGUAUUGGAAGUUAAUUUAAUUUUUUUUAGAGUUUUUAUUAUUUAAUUUUUUUUUUUUAAUAAUAUGUGUUUUAAGUAUGUACUUCUCAAGAGUUUUUAUUUUCAGUUCCAAGUGUAUGCUUCAUUGUGCAUUUUAAAAAUUAGAGAACGUUAAAAACUAAGAUUGCCUAAUUUUGAUCAAUUAAACCUAUUCUAAGUGUUGUUUGUUAAGAUAUUUACACGAAUCAAAUUUCUGUCAAACAUUGAAGGAAUAAAAUUGGUUUUCAUUAUCACAAUUCUUUGUUUCAUCUAAUAUGUAUCUUCAUUAUCUUUGAAACUUUGAGUUUUUUUUUUUUUAAUUUUCAUUAAUUUGUACUUGAGUAAUAAUUUACUUUAAUUCUCUGAAGUUUAAAAAAAAUAUUUUGUAUAAUAUGGAGGUGCAUAUUCCACAUUAAUAUAUUAAACAAAAAAGAUUGAGAAAAUUUGAUUCUCUAGCAGACUAUGUUUGUGACAGUAAGUGUAAAAUUUUUCACGCAUGUAGAUGUUGAUAUGAAUUGUGAUUGUAUCCAUCAGGGGUGGCAUUAAUGUAAAAUGUCUCGUUAUGAAUUGUUAUCUUGUGAUUUUUGUGUCAUUUGUGGAUGUGUGCUACGUAGCAUGAGUCUAAGUAAGUUGUAUAACUUCUAAAUAUUCCCCAAAUAUAUAUGUGUGCAUGUAACUUCAAAAUUACCAAUCUUAUUUUUCUGAUAGUAUUUGACAAUCAGAUUGUAUGAUCAUAGUUUUUUUACAAAAUAAAAAAAAAUUGUAAAAUUAA